AUGCCGUACAUUUUUAUACAAAACUUCGGGCCAAACACCCUAAAAUUAACAUUAACGAUAUUCAACAGAAUCUUCACUGAAGGCUUUUGGCCAAGUACAUGGAAAAAUGGUACGGUAAUAUCAAUCCCAAAACCUGAAAAAGAUAAGUUUAAGCCCGAUGGAUACAGACCAAUAACGCUCCUAAACACCUUGUGUAAAAUAUUGGAAAAAGUCAUUAACUAUAGACUUACUUGGAUACUAGAAAAACAUAAAUACUUAUCCAAACAUCAAUUCGGCUUUAGAAAAAACAAAAGCACAAUCGAUAACUUAACUCAAAUUAACCAUGAAAUAAACCAGACCUUUAAAAAAAAACAAAUAAUGGGGCUAGUCAACCUCGACAUCUCAAAAGCAUACGACUGUACAUGGAGACACAACAUCAUAGUCAAACUAAACCAAAUAUUAUGCCAAGGAAAGACACUCGAUUUGAUAACUGACUUCUUAAAAGAACGCACAUUCAAGGUUAAAGCAAACAGUCAUUUAUCCAAAGAAUUUACUCUAGAAAACGGAGUACCACAGGGUUCAGCAGUAUCUGUUACUCUAUUUCUCUUAGUCAUAGACGAUAUAACCCAAAGCUGGUCGCUACCCACAAAAUGCAACCUAUUUGCCGACGAUUUUAGCCAUUCAUGUCGCAGCAGCAAUACAAGCUCAGUACGAAAACACCUCCAAACAACCACUGAUAAUUUAGUUGAAUGGGCAAGAAACACAGGUUUUAACUUCGCACCAACAAAAUCAAACCUCAUAAUAUUCACUAAAAAGAGAAAAGUUGGUGAACUUUUAAUUACACUCAAUAACAAACAAAUCCCCAUUAAAAAAUCAGUCAAAAUACUAGGUAUUUUCUUCGACUGCCGACAUACAUGGGCAACACAUAUACACUAUCUUAAAUCUUCAACCAGCCAAUCAUUAAAUAUUCUAAAAAUACUUUCACACACAUCCUGGGGAGGCGAAUCCAGAACACUAAUCAAAAUCCACAAAUCAAUUAUCCAAUCGAAAAUAAUCUAUGGUUCAAAUAUAUACAAAUCGGCAUCACAAUCUGUUCUUAAAAAAAUAGACAGCAAAAACAACACCGGACUCAGGCUAGCAAUAGGCGCAUUCCGCAGCAGCCCAAUUUAUAGCAUCUACAAUACAGCCGGCGAACCCAUACCCGAGAUUAAAAGAAAAGACCUAUCACUUAAAUACAUAACUAGAUACUAUAGAUCAAACAAUACUAACCCCCCACUUGAAGACAGCGAAUCAUAUGAUGAAUUAGAAAAAUACGGCAUUGGUUGCAAGCAACUAAUUGGAAGAGAACAACUGACCACACCUCCGUGGACUUCUCCAUACGAGAUAAAUACUGACCUCAGUGCAUACUUAAAAACACAAACGUCCCCAGAAAUGUUCAAAAGAUACUUCCAAAGUAUAAUAGAAAAUUAUAAAGAAUACCAAGAAGUAUACACCGACGCGUCCAAAACACAGGACCAAGUAGGAAUCUCAAUAAUACUAAAAAGCAAAAACAUAUUAAUGAAGUUACUUAACACAUGCUCUAUAUACACGGCCGAGGCCAUAGCGAUACUUGAGGCGAUAAAAUUAGUUAUAGACGAUGAAUAUCCUAAGCAUAUAAUACUCAGUGAUUCCUUGAGAACAAUCAACAGUAUAAAAAACCAGUUCAAACCCGGAGACAUCGCUGUUAAAAUACUGAACAAUCUAAAUGAAGCCCUAUCCAAAAAUAAACAAAUAAUCCUCAUGUGGGUCCCCGGGCACUCCGGCAUCGAAGGAAACGAACUAGCCGAUAAGCAGGCCAAGAUCGCUGCAACAAACCCCAAAAUAGCAAAUAUAGCAGGUCCAACUUACAACGACCUCAAAAGGCACAUAAAUCACAUAACUAAUACCAAAUGGCUCAAUACUUGGAAACAACAAAACACCAAACUCAACACUAUUGAAAGAUGCACCAACAGGUGGAUUAACAAUUCAUUAAAAAGAAAAGAAGAAUCGGUUCUAAACCGACUGAGAAUUGGACACACACGACUUACCCACGGAUACCUAAUGGCAAAGGAAGAACCCCCCUCAUGUGAAGUCUGUGGUGUCCAAUUAACAGUGAAACACAUCAUAACCGAAUGCCUAAAAUUCCAACGCGAUCGUCAAAUCAUCGGAUUAGAUUCAUCACUGGACACCGCACUGGGACCCAACACCGAAGAAAACUUUAAGAUAAUAAAAUUCCUGAAAUUGACAGGCCUUUACAAUUUAAUAUAA